CUGUCGACCUAUUAGCUAGUGUACGCUUAUGGUAGUGAGAGAAUCCCCUCACCCGUGUUUGUUGUCUUUGGAGCGAAAGUGACCUUCCAGUUGUGAGGUGAAGUCAGAAGUGGUUUUACCUGUGCGGCGGCGUCCACACAUUCUCCAGUGUUGUGUGAACAAAACUAUGUAUAGACCAUGCCCAGGAAACUGUUAAAAUUCUUAAUACUGUUUGAUAACACAUCGCUGUUGUAUUUUCCUGGACAAUUUCUGUCUGGCCGCGUUCUCAUCGAACUACAAGAAGACACACCUGCACUUGGGUUGCAUUUCCAUGUGGUCGGAGAAGGGGUCGUCCGUGUUCGCACCCCUCGACAAGAGAGGGUGUACGACAGGGAGAACUACAUAGAUUUUCGAAUGAGGCUUCUUGGAGAACCUGGUCAAGGAGCUUCAUUACUGUCACCGGGAAUCCACAGUUUUCCAUUCAAACUGGGACUACCACUGGGUCUGCCCUCAACGUUCUUGGGAAAACAUGGCUGGGUUCAGUACUUCUGCAAGACGGCGCUGCGAGAGCCCAACGGACUGACGCACAAAAACCAACAAGUAUUCAUUGUAAUGAACCCCAUUGACUUGAAUCUUGAACCGUCGAUUUUGGGAAACAUUUCGGGACAGGAAACAUUUAGGUGUGAAGUAGAACACAAGUUUGGAGUUAGCUGUGUUGGAUCUGGAGCUGUCGUUUGUAAGGUGACUUUAGAUCGAGGUGGUUAUGUUCCAGGAGAAAGUAUAGGCGUAUCAGCAAGUGUGUACAACAGAAGUAGAGUCACUAUAAAAAGUACAAAGGCAGCUUUAACUGAAAGCAUCACGUACAUGGCAAGAGGCAAAGUAGUACAGUCAGAAAAAAGAGAAUUGGCGUGUCUGACAAGGGGGAAAAUUCGACCUGGAGAGAAAGACGAAUGGGUCAACGAACAACUCUACAUACCACCGUUACCUCCAACGAAUCUUCGGGGAUGCCAUUUGAUUAAAAUCAACUAUGACGUUUAUUUUAUAAUUGAGCCUAAGAGCCUUCAGAAGGAAGUUAAACUGCAGUUACCAAUAAUGAUGGCUACAUAUCCUCUUAGGUCGGAGAGUGAUGAGACAGCAUAUAAAUCUGGAACUCACUAUCCUUCAACCCUGCCAAUAUUCCGGCCGUGGCUUGAAGAAAAACCGAUUCUAGAAUAGAUUAAUUUUUUGUUGUAACUAUAUUGUAUGUGCCAAUAUACUUUGAAAGAUUGUAACGUAUAUAUGUUUAACUUAAGUAAUAAUAUAACGUGCUAUCAUGUUUUAUUUUCAUUAUUAAAAUGUGAUAAUUUUUAUUUUAUAAUGCAUUAUUUUCAUUUGAUUAAAUAAUUAUAUUUACUCUGUGAUAUAAAUCCUCUUUAUAUUAUACUUUAUCCGUUCAUGUAACAUGAUUCAUUAAAGAUAAUUGAUACUUA